GUCCCCGUCGAUUUGUUCCGCUUUCUGUUCGUCUGUACAGCUAACAACCUCAUCAUGAUCCAAGCACUUCUCCUUGACCACAUGGGGGUCCUUGAAGUCAGUGGUUAUGUUUCUGAGAAGUGCAAUAUUGCUGACUACCUUGGACCACAGGCAAAGGCAACAUCGGGGCUGAAGGAUGCUGACUUUCUUGUUGAG